CCGCGCUCACGAGGAGUGGAAGUGAGUACGGUUCUGUUGGAUAUCAAUUUACGUAUUUUGUGAUUUUGCACACUUCGAGUUGGUACUUAUCUGUUGGUAACUUUUUUGCGUGGUGAAUUUGAACGUUUUUCGUAUGUGUGAUACUAAACUGUGUGGUUGUUACUAGUAUUUCAUUUGAAUUUAUGACUUUAAAUUCAUAAGUGCAUUAAGUCUUCUAAACUUUGUGCUUUAUCUGAGAGUCACUUUCAUCCAAGUCUUAUGAUUGACGAUAUGAACCCCGUUCACGACCCAAACAACAACAACACUCUAGAGAAAUCCUACUCGCUACGGCCCAGGACGUCAGCUCGAAAAGAGGAGCCAGAAGCGGUCAACAACGAGGAGAACUGGAAGCCUCGAAAUAAAGCCAGAAGGAAACCUAAGCAGAAGUCGGUUCCAUUAAGUAAGUACCGGAGGAAGACGGCUAAUGCUCGAGAGAGAUUUCGAAUGCGAGAAAUCAACCAAGCAUUCGAAGCGUUACGAAGAGCGAUCCCUCAUCUGAACUCUAGUUGUGAGAACCCCAACGAGAAACUUACGAAGAUUUCGACCCUCCGCCUGGCCAUGAAGUACAUCACCGCCCUCAGCAACGCUCUGCAAGACACCGACUUCGAUUCUGAUGGAGAUUCUUUUCUGAGCGAGUGGACCUCAACACCUCCCGACCACAGAGAAUCUUCUACUCCAUCUUCCGUCAACGAACACUCCGACAUCUACGACAGCUUCUUCUCACUGUCCCCUUCUUCUGAGUCGUCACCUUCUACUUCUUCCUCGUUCAGUCUCUCAGCUCUCAUGACACCCCCUGCAUGUGAAUACAUUGCUUCUGACAACCAUGCAAGUCUCCCUACACAUACAGUUUUGCAGAAGCACGAUCCCUACACCAAGAAGGACGAUAGACUCUUCUGUUCCUCGGAUCCGGCGGUGGACAGCAGACCUCUCCUCACUGAUCCUCACUCGUCUACUCUAGAAGACGACCUGAGUCAUCAUCUCCUCACCUCGGCGGAUCUCCAAAACUGUUCUUCUUCCCUAUUAGAUGAACUAGAAGGUUUACCCUCACCGGUGGUUGACUUGGACGACUAUUUACUUACGUGAUUUUUGUGAAUACUGUGUAAAUAUACAUAUUGUUUUUAUUAAAAUAAUUUACAAUUUUAUACAUGUAA